AUGGAUGGUAUGGAGGCAAAAAAAUACGAAAUACUCAAAAUAUGGGUGCCAACCCAUGGAGUUGUCAAUGUUUACCGAAAGCCUGGGCGAUCUGGAGGUACGGGCGCAUUGAAAAGGACCGGAUUACUUGUGCAAUGCGCAUAGAGACCAGUACUAAUUGAAAAGUUUUCUCUUUACAGAAUAUCAUGUUGAUAACGGUUUUCUGAUUGAGGAGCCCGUCCACCGAAAUCACUUAGAAAAGAUACGAGUGCUGGCUUCCCAUGGAAGUGUUAUCACCAUAAAGAGAAAUGCUACUGUGCACGCACAGAACAAGUACACCGUCGAACCGGCGACUUCAGCGGUGGAUCAGUCUGAAGUAUGGGUGGAUGCAUGA